AUGGCCUCUUUCAAGGAAUUGUCUCUCUCGCGUCCGCUUCCCAACCCAGGCCAGCGACAACACUCUCACUCGAUCUCUCUGGGUGCCGUUAAUUCGAAUCACCGCGUGACCCGCCGAAAGAGUGUCACCACCGCUGCCGCCAAUGCCGCCGCCGCAGUCGCCGCUUCGAUGAAGGAUGGCGAGGCCGCUUCCUCUCUACCCAUGGGCACUCAUCGUCGUAGCCUUGGGGGCCGCAAGGGUCUGGAAUCCACUUCUGUCGGGGCCACAUCGGGUUUCAGUUCAUACUUGUCGCGAAGUGUAAACAGCCCCAGCCAGGAACCUCCGGUCGCUCGGAAAGGUUCCCCAAGUGGCUCCGAGGAUGACAGCAAAGCCCCCAAGAACCGUAACCGUCGCACUAGCGAAGGUGCUCAAUUCAAAUCUGUCGAUGGAAAACGUCUCCCAGCUGAACUCCGCUGUGAACGCUGCGGAAAAGGGUAUAAGCAUGGCAGCUGCUUGUCCAAGCAUAUGUGGGAACAUAACCCUGCAUGGGCUGUUACUUCGAAGCUACUCAUCUCCAAGCACCAGCAGGUGCAGUUGUUGGAGGCUGCCACCGUACUGGUUACUAUGAACGAAGUCGAUCCCGAGAACCCUGAAGCCGACUCCGAAGUCUCCUCCGCAUCCCCAGAUGCCUCCUCCGAUGUUCGCGAUGGCAUGAGCUCCGCUGAAACCACCCCACCCCCGAUGGACGAGGAAGAAGACGACGAUUUCGAGAUGUCCGGGAUGCCAACCAACUGGACCAAGCGACCAAGCGUUAGCAACGCCUCCGCCUUCUCCCGAUCCUACCAGUCGAUCCCCUCGAGCUCCUACAACGACAGCGCCCCGCUCCACUCUCCUGCCUUCUCCCACUUCCGCCAGUCCAGCAUUGACACCCGUCCAUCAACUGCUGACACCCGACUGCACGAGGAUGACGAGGCUGAGCUUGCCGCCGCGAUCGGCCUGUGCAACUUCGGUACUCCCCGCACAGGGCCAGUCUCUCUUACCCCGGAUGUCCCCCCUGUUCCUCCACUGCCAGCUCGUUACCUGGACUCCAGCAGCCACCCCAGCAACCAGGGCUCCGUUCUCGGCCAGUCAGGUCCUAUGAACGAAGCCUACCGUCGAGAGUCCAACGCCGACAUGUUCCUCUCUGUCUCGGUCAACCCAUCACUGUCAUACAAAGUGUCAGAUGAGCGCGGACCCCGACGUGACCCCAAGGUUUCUGAACCUCGUCGUCACAGUCGCAAUGCAGACGUGGACUUUGGCAGCCGCACGGCUCCAGCAGAUGAUGAUGAUGACGGUGUUUUUGGACGCAUGGAAGAAUAA